AUGGUACGUGGUGUACGCCGAGGCUGUGUUCGUUUGAAAGGAGCUAUGAUUGGCAUUGAUGAUGAAGAUAAUCUUACAUUUACUGUAACAGUAGAUGGCAAAACAUUCCAUUUUCAAGCAAGGACUCGUGCUGACCGAGAGCUUUGGAUACGCGCUUUAGAAGAUACUAUACAAAAACAGUUGUUUGGAUAUAGAGUUAAUCAAAUACAGGUAAAUAAUGAUGCAGUUGUUCCUACUUUGGAGAGUUUUGAUAAGAAAUUAGGAGAAGCUGAUGCUUAUUUACAGCUUCUUAUUGAACAAACUAAGAAUUUAGAAGUAAAAAUGAAUUCGAUGUGCGAGGAAGACAAAGCACAUUGUGAAUGUAUAAUUUCAGAAACUAAUAAACUAAUGGACCAAGUAAAGCAUUCAAUUGUGAUGUUACAAAUAGCUAAGAAUACCGCAUUCCCUGUUAAUGGAUCAUAUCGAACAACAUCUGUUUCCACAGAUUAUGAUUUCCCUAGUUUAGAAGGAGACACGGGUAGUAUAGAAUAUGGAGCUGAAUGUGAAGAACGUCCUAGAAGAGAUUCUCAACCAAUGGAUAAUGAUAUUCCAGAUGUUUCUUACUCUUCGUCUGAAGACGAUUUUUAUGAUGCUUAUGAAGAUGAAGAAGAAUGGUCUAAACCUAGUCGUAAAAUUGAACCAGUGCCUGCAAUGCGACGAAAGUACAAGAACCGAAUACUCGUCGGUGGAAGUGAACCAGUUCUAGAUGCUCAUUCUGGGAAUUUGACUCAGACGGGAUCUUCAGAUUUAAAUCAAAUAUCUUUAGAUACUACUGAUCGGACCAUUGCAAAUAUGCCAAAAAAAAAGGAUAGUUAUAGCAAAGACAAUAUAGUUGUACCUACUUAUUCAGAUGGAUCUAUAAAUUAUGAUGCUAUUUACGAGGAUCAAGAUGAAUCCGAUGUAACUAUGCAGGGUUCAGUUGUUACUCAUCUCAUAUCUCAAGUAAAAAUAGGUAUGGAUUUAACAAAAGUUGCCCUACCAACAUUCAUAUUAGAAAAGCGUUCAUUAUUAGAAAUGUAUGCUGAUUAUUUAGCCCAUCCAGAUUUAUUUCUCAAAGCAAAUGACUUGGAAACACCUGAAGAACGAAUGGUUCAAAUAGUACGUUGGUAUUUAUCUUCAUAUCAUGCUGGUCGAAAUUCUGCUGUUGCAAAAAAACCCUAUAAUCCAAUCCUUGGUGAAAUAUUUCGUUGUCAUUGGGACGUACCUGGAAUUACUGCAGGAGAAUCAGAAUUGUCAAAUGAUAUUACAGCUCAAAAUAAUUCAGAAGCCGCUGUGAUUAAUGAAGAAGAAAACCCUUUACCUUGGACUGAUCCUGAUCAAUUGAUAUUCCUUGCUGAACAAGUUUCUCAUCAUCCUCCAAUAUCUGCAUUCUAUGCUGAGCAUAAGAAAAAAAAAGUAACUUUUUGUGCAAAUGUUUGGACUAAAUCUAAGUUUCUUGGCUUAUCUGUUGCUGUUCAUCAUGUGGGACAGGGGAUUGUAAGAUUAUUAAAACAUAAAGAAGAAUACAUUUCAACAUUCCCAAGUGGUUAUGGCAGAUCGAUACUAACUGUGCCAUGGAUUGAGUUAGGUGGAUCUGUAACUAUAUCAUGUCCACAAACUGGUUACCACUGUGAUAUAGAAUUCCAUACUAAACCAUUCUAUGGUGGAAAGAAACACCGCAUUACUGCAGAAGUAUUUGGACCUAAGACAAAAAAAGCAUUUCUUACUAUUACUGGUGAAUGGAAUGGUUCUAUGGAAGCUAAAUGGGCUGAUGGCAGAACCGAAUUGUUUGUUGAUACUAAAGCAAUUGAAGUUAUUAAAAAGAGAGUUCGCAAAGUUGCUGAACAAGAUACUAAUGAAUCUAGAUACAUUUGGAAAAAGGUUACAUUAGGACUCAAAGUUGAUAAUGUAGAUCAAGCUAGUCAAGCUAAAGCUGAAAUUGAACAAAAACAAAGAAAUGAAGCUGAAGUUCGAAAAGAGAGUAAUGAAGUUUGGAUUCCUCGAUGGUUUGUGCAAAACGGAGAAAAUUGGGAGUACAAAUCACCAUUAGAAAAACGGUUAGGUGUGACAUUUGAAUCAAUGCCAUCAUGA